AUGGAAGUUGUUCAGGCUGCUAUGUCGCAACAUAUAGCUGGUCACGGGCUGAUAAUAUACAGCAUUGCUAAACAUAGCACGAGGCCCAUGCAUCUGAUGGGAGAACACAUACAACUACUAACUGUCUCCGAGUGUGCGUCUGUUGGGAGCUUGGACAUGGCUCAGCCUCACAAAAGGGUACACUUAGUCCAAUUAGGUAGACGCAAACACAACUGUGCCCCCAAGCCAGAGCGGGGUUGGAUAGGAGCCGAAGCGAUAGCACUCGGAGCAGCCUUCCAUAGGCAGGGUGACGCUUCUUUGAUUGGCCCACUGGGCCAUGGGCGCUACGCUGCAUUGAUGAAGGCCUACUAG